AUGGAUAGCAACCUACCGGAACACGUGAAAGAAUACCUUAGCGAACUGGUCAAGCGUCUCACCGACUAUCUCAAAGAACAAUUGGUCGGUGUAUACCUUUUCGGCUCAGCUAGCUAUGACGCCUAUCAGCCCGGCCUGAGCGACCUCGACGUGCAGGCAAUCGUCAAAAGUUCCCUAGAAACCAGUGAAAAGGAAGCGAUCAUCUCUCGUCUGACCCAGAAAAACUUGCCUUGCCCGGCUACGAAGCUCGAGUUUGUCGUGUAUGCCCAAGGCUCUGUGAAUCCCGCGAACCGCCAUCCCGCCUUCGAACUCAAUCUGAACACAGGGCCUCACCAAUCCGAUCAUAUCAGCCUGGAUCCCGCCCACGAAUCAAGCCACUGGUUCCUGCUCGAUAUUGCUAUGGGACGCCAACUUGGUCGCUGCUUGUAUGGUGCUGACCUCACCGAGGCCUUUGGGGCGAUUCCUCGGCGGUGGGUUCUGGAAGGGAUAUCAGAUUCUCUUGCAUGGCACCAAGCAAAUGAGGCGAGUUCGACAAAUAGCGUUCUCAAUGCUUGCCGAAGCUGGAGAUACAUUGCUACAGGAGAAUUUGGCUCGAAGCUGGAGGGGGCCAACUGGGCCAUGAAGCAAGACAGUUGUCUUGGCGUUGUCCAACGUGCAGUUGAGGCUCGCAAAACAGGGGAUAAGCUUGAUGCUAUUCAAGUAAUGGAACUCUACGAUAUGAUUGUCAAGGAAAACAGUGAAAAGCUUGAGGGCGAGGCAAAUUAG